AUGACGUUGAUAUGGCGCUGGCUGGCGCUGCUGGCUGCGCUGGGGACAAGUUGCGCACUUCCAGAGGCUCUGUACCACAACCAUUUUGCGAUUCACGUUCCCGCUGGUCCGGACCACGUAGAUGACAUAGCGAGGAGGCACGGCUACGUCAACCAUGGACAGAUUGGCGCAUUACCAGGAUUCUUUUUGCUGUCACAUCACGGUGUCAAAAAACGUUCCACUGAACCGAGUCAAGAGCACCACGAGAAGCUUAAUAAUGAGCCUCAGGUGAGAUGGUUUGAACAGCAGAGGGAGAAACGAAGAGUCAAGAGGGACUACAAGCCCUACGAAGGUCAGCUAUGGUCACAGCUGUCCAGAAAGCCGGCGUCUCAUAGGACGAGACAUCGGGCAAUUACUCCAACGCUCUUUCCUGAUCCAUUGUUCAAGGAGCAAUGGUACUUGAACGGCGGUGCAAAGGAUGGGUUAGAUAUGAAUGUUGCGCCAGCUUGGCAAAAAGGCUAUACCGGGAAAGGCGUAGUUGUGUCUAUUUUAGAUGACGGAAUUCAAACGAAUCAUCCCGACCUUAAACAAAAUUAUGAUGCUCUUGCGUCAACUGACAUUAAUGGCAAUGACGAUGACCCAAUGCCCCAAGAUAAUGGUGAUAAUAAACACGGGACCCGUUGCGCUGGGGAAGUCGCAGCGGUUGCGUAUAAUCAAUACUGUGGUGUUGGUAUCGCAUACAAUGCAAGUAUAGGCGGUGUUCGAAUGUUAGAUGGUAUAGUGAACGACGCAGUUGAAGCUAGAGCUCUUGGAUUAAAUCCUGACCACAUUGAUAUCUACAGUGCUUCUUGGGGACCGGAAGAUGAUGGAAAAACCGUAGAUGGACCAGGACCUCUUGCAAGACGAGCCUUUAUAUAUGGCGUGACGAGUGGCCGACGCGGUAAAGGUAGCAUUUUUGUUUGGGCUUCUGGCAAUGGAGGUAGACAUACAGAUUCUUGUAACUGCGACGGAUAUACAAACAGUAUAUUUACUCUAUCUAUUUCGAGUGCUACUCAAGGAGGAUAUAAACCAUGGUAUUUAGAGGAAUGUUCAUCAACCUUAGCGACAACUUACAGUUCAGGUACACCUGGCCAUGAUAAAAGUGUUGCCACCGUUGAUAUGGACGCCAGAUUACGGCCUGAUAGAAUUUGCACUGUCGAGCAUACUGGUACAUCCGCUUCGGCACCAUUAGCAGCAGCUAUUUGUGCGUUAGCUUUAGAAGCAAAUCCAGAUUUAACAUGGAGAGAUAUGCAGUACCUAGUCGUAAUGACAUCCAGACCAAACCCACUUGAGAAAGAAACUGGAUGGAUCGUUAAUGGAGUAAAAAGAAAAGUAAGUCACAAAUUUGGCUAUGGAUUAAUGGAUGCUUCUGAAAUGGUGAGCUUAGCUGAGCAGUGGGUAUCAGUGCCACCCCAACAUAUUUGUAAGUCACAAGAAAUUAAUGAAGACAAGGCUAUAGAUUCUUCUUAUGGCUAUACGCUAAAAGUUCAUAUGGACGUCAAUGGAUGCAGUAGUACAGUCAAUGAAGUGCGCUUUUUAGAACACGUACAAUGCAAAAUAUCAUUAAGAUUCUUCCCUAGAGGUAACUUACGCAUUUUGCUUACUUCUCCUAUGGGAACAACAUCUACGUUAUUAUUUGAAAGACCUAGAGAUGUAGUUAGCUCCAAUUUCGACGACUGGCCUUUCUUAAGUGUGCACUUUUGGGGUGAACGAGCAGAAGGUAGGUGGACGCUACAGAUAGUAAACGCUGGUAACAGGCAUGUAAACCAACCAGGAAUUCUGAAGAAAUGGCAGUUGAUAUUCUAUGGAACAAACGUAGACCCCGUUAGAUUACGAUCAAAACGACCGUCGCCCUUGGUACCCCCUUUUGGUUUUCCAACUGGCGUUGAUGGUUACGAUGCAGUCGGGGAUUCUUUUUAUAAUACUGACGCGUUUACCAAUUACCAAAACUUCCCUACAUUAUUUGCUGCCGGUUCCGACCCGGAAAAAGCAAUAGCCCGUCUCGACGGACAUAACGUCCCUUCACCGCAUGGGGAAAAUGUCCUCGCUGAUAGUAAUGAUAAGCGUGUCAUGCAUGAAUGUGAUCCCGAAUGCGAUUCUCAAGGAUGCUAUGGAAAAGGACCGACUCAAUGUAUCGCUUGUAAGCACUAUAGACUAGAUGAUGCAUGCGUCUCUCGAUGCCCUCCAAGAAGUUACGCUAAUCAAGGUGGAGUUUGCUGGCCUUGUCACGAGUCUUGUGAAACGUGUGUAGGACCUGGACAAGAUUCAUGUUUGACAUGUGCUCCAGCACAUUUGUUGGUAGCAGAUUUAGCUGUGUGUUUACAGCAAUGUCCCGAUGGAUACUAUGAGGACACAGAUGCUUCAGCUUGCAGACCCUGUGCAAUUCAUUGCUCCACGUGUUCUGAUAGAGCGGACGCUUGCACCUCUUGUGAACAUCAUCUCGUUUUAUUUAAUGGGACUUGCAUGGCGUCAUGUCCUCCUAAAACGUAUGAAACAGAAGAUUAUUCAUGUGCGCAAUGUCAUGCGUCAUGUGACACCUGUAUGGGGUCAGGACCAGCACAAUGUGUCACAUGCCAUCCUUCGAAUUAUAUUUUAGAUGGGCGCUGUGUAUCUUCAUGUCCGAGUGGAUAUUACGCUGAUAAAAAACGUAAAGAAUGUCUAAAGUGUCCAAUUGGCUGUUCAAAUUGUUUGAGCACAUUCUGUUUAAGUUGUGACACCAACUGGGAGCUGAAUAAAAAGGGAAAAUGUCUUCCCAGUGGCAAUGACCGAUGCGUUACUGGGGAAUACUAUUUUGAAAGCAAGUGUCAGAAUUGUCAUGAUGCUUGUGACACCUGCUAUGGGGAAGACGAUAAGAAUUGUUUAACUUGUCAAUCUCCGAACCUCCUUCAAAACUACAAGUGUGUAUCUGAAUGUGGACACGGCUACUACGCAGAGGCUGGAAGAUGCGCUAAAUGCGUGCAUGGUUGUUCUCAAUGUGCUUCCCGUCUCAAUUGUACCAGUUGUGAGGGAUCCUUGCGGUUGCAGUCUGGCGCGUGUAGGACCACCUGUGCUGAUGGUUACUACGCGGAUCGUGGUACUUGUGCCAAAUGCUACCUUUCAUGCCGCACUUGCAGCGGCCCUAGAAGAGAUCAGUGCGCCUCAUGUCCAUCAGGCUGGAGGCUGGCUGCCGGAGAAUGCUAUCCAGAGUGUCCACAAGGUUUCUACAAAACUGACGAUGGCUGUCGACACUGCCACCAUUACUGCCGUGAAUGUGACGGUUCCGGCCCAUUACAUUGCAAAUCUUGUCCGCCUGGCUUUAUGCUUGAUGGUGGUCUUUGUAUGGAGUGUCUAGGGUCACAGUUCUAUGACAAGAGCAGCAGGACCUGUCACGGAUGUCAUGACACUUGUAGAACUUGCUCGGGACCUGGACAGUUCAGUUGCACGGGUUGUUCGAGACCUUUACGGCUUGAUAGAUUAAACAACCAAUGUGUUACGUGCUGUUCAGAAAAUGGAGGUACUGUUAAUUCAACACCUUCUUCCACGCCUGACUGCUGCCAUUGUCAUCCAGAAACUGGUGAGUGCAUAAACUCAUCAGUGGCUGGAAAGCGUCGUAUCGCAGAAUGGGGCGCGUUACAAAGUUCUCCAGAUACGCCAGCUAAAACGACGCUCAGCCCAGCAGUCAUGGUGCUGGUGUUUAUAGCUGCCGGUGCAGUAGUAGUUGGGCUGAUGGCAGUACAGCUACGAUAUACGAAGCGUCAACGUCGAGACAGCAAGCAAGGAACGAUCUAUUCGCCGCUCGCGUGCAACGACGACGGUGACGUCACAGUGCUUGCGUCCCGUACUGCGUUCCCCGUGAGCGAGCGGGAUAGUGAAUACAGCGGUCUCGAACACGAACACGAAGCGCUUCUAGAACAAUCCACAUAG